AGUACAGCUGAGAAUGUCAUGGAGGACAUCAUAUCAUACAGAGAGAUUCUGGAGCACGUGCAGAAACAGUUCAAAGAAGAUUAUGUAACUUCAGAUAAAUACAAGCUAGAGUUCGAUCAACUGAAAGCUCACAGUGAUGCUUUAAAUGUGACUCAAUCAAGAGAGGAUGGGUGGCUGCAAUACAACAGGUGCAAAAACAGAUACAAAGACAUUUUGCCUUAUGACAAGACGAGAGUCAGGCUGCCAGUAAUUAACAACAUUGCGGGAUCAGAUUACAUAAACGCUUCCCAUAUUUCUGGCCCAGAUGGAUAUGUGAAUUAUAUAGCAGCUCAAGGGCCGUUGCCAGGCACGGUGUUCGACUUCUGGAGGAUGGUCUGGUAUAAUCACUCCACAGUUAUUGUUAUGGUCUGCAAAGAGGUGGAGAUGGGUAAGCACAAGUGCGCUAACUAUUGGGGUAGAGGCCCGGGAGAAUCUUUAAAGAAAGGUAACUUUUCUGUCACACUUGUAAGUGAGCAGAUGAAAGAGAGUUACAUUGUACGGAAACUAGUCCUCACCUGUGCUGAUGUUUCUAGAGAGGUGUACCAGUACCAGUACCUGAACUGGCCUGAUAGAGAUGUCCCUACUGAUGGGGAGCCACUCAACAAGAUGCUCGCAAUCGUCCGAGAUAAGUGCCCUGCUAAAACCACCUCCGAAUCGCCGGGCUCGCCCAUUGUCAUCCACUGCAGUGCUGGGUGUGGUCGGACAGGAACAGUGCUAGCUAUUGACUUUAUAGACAUUCUCAUCAGAAACCAACGCCUCGACAGAAACUUCAGUCUGUUUGAGCUGGUUAAAAGGAUGAGAACGGAGCGUGUAGCGAUCUGCCAGACUAAACAACAGUUCGGUUUCGUGUACUACACUGCCAUACAGCUCCUCGACUCUGCAAUACAGAUGCUGAACAUACGCAGUGAGGCGAUAUCAGAGUGUAUCUACGAGAAUGUGCCACAUUCACCAACUCUGGCCCAGGAAGAUGGUAUUCUUGUCCAGCUGGACUCAGACCCGCCCCCCAAGACCGGACCCCAGACUAAACCACCACCACCACCCUCCACUCAACCCCUCACCACAACCGAUGAGAAGCUACUGAAACCCAGUAAACCGCUUAAACCGGAGAGACCUAGGAGCACGGUGGGAAAACCAACCGAUAAUAAAGCUGAGACCGGGGAGAGUGUUAAUUUAAUAGUGCAGGAAGGAGCUGCUAACACUACUGCUGCUGUUAGUGGAGAUGUUAGUUGUGGAGAUGUUAGUUGUGGAGAUGCUGUGACUGAGGAACCGGUCUACGCUUCUGUUAACCCCUUUGCUAAAACUGGCAAAAUACUCGACCUAGACUCACCCACUGAUGACCCUCCCCCAUUACCAGCAUCGCCCACACUUGAGUCUGAUGAUGAGACUGAUCCGGUUCAGAGUCUAACUACAACAGUUCUAGAUACACAUCUUGUCUCUGAUCCCAGAAGUAAACCAAGCACGAUGGAGUCAUGCCCCCCUCUUCUGACUCCCUCGUCAGCACCCCCUCCUCUGACUCCCUCCUCAGCACCCCCUCUUCUGACUCCCUCAUCAGUACCCCCUCCUCUGGCUCCCUACUCCGCACCUCCUCUUCUGACUCCUUCGUCAGCAACCCCUCCUCUAACGAGGAGUCCUCCUACAGCAACUCCUCACAUCAUUACUCCUGCUGUUAGAUCCCCUCUUGUUAAGAUCCGCUCAGCUCCCCCCUCUUCACCUACCCCCUCGAGACAACCCCCCUCCAGCCCUUCUCCUCUCCGCUCUUCUCUUCCUCCUCCCUCCAAUAACUCUACUUUUUUAAACUCUACUCUCUGUUCUGGGCACCUAAUUUACUCGAGCUCCCUGUCAAGUUUUCUCCCCUUAGCUAUUGGAGAAACAAGUUGUUAUGAGGAGAUACAGAUCUUUGGGCCCCCCUCAACUGAUAAUUCCAAAAAGAACGAGACUUCCUCAUCCACUGCAUCCUCUAAGUCAUGCGAUAGUCUUUUAGAUCUAUCAUUCUCUGCUGCUGAUGUUGUUAAGACACCUACAGACUGCUUGACUCCAUCUCCAAUCCUCCGAUCCUACUCUUCAAGCUCUUCUAAACCUCCAGAGUCCAGACCAGAUUCCCUCCUUGAUUUAGAUGACCUGCUCAAUUUGAACCCCUCUGCUCUGAGAGCUAAGCCGAAGCCGGUUAAGAGAGAUCGUCAAAAGAAAGUCUCUUUACCCAAACCGACUUCUGAAGGGCCAGACCACAAGCGCCCUAAAGUUCCUCCUCCUCCUCUUCCCACAAAGAGGAAAUCAUUCUCAGACCCACUAGAAGAAACAAGAGAAGCUCCCAAGAAACCUGAGCGACCUAAAGGACUGAUCUUCCCCAAGACGGUAUUAGAGGGCUCUGUGGUGAUGAGCGGGGAGAACCCUUACUCUGAUAUAACUAUACACACAGUCUCCACCUCUCCAACUAUUGAGAGUAGCUACUCAGAUGUGGAGAUACAGGAUCUACUUGACACUCAACUCACUGUACCGUAUGAAGAUGUGGAGCUGCUUAUAGACCACCCUGCAACUCAGAGAGAGCGACCACCUACACCAGAGCCGUUUAGUUGUUGUGCGGAGAGGGUGGCGGCUCUGCUCAUCAUCCAAAGGACACAGAAUCAACUCUCAACACAGGACGAUGAUUUGGCAUACAGCCAAGUAUUUGGUCAGACGAACAGACUGAGUUCCCCGCGUUUUGACGACGACAACUAUUCGGAACUAUCAAUCCCCCGCUCUGAUGUGACCGAUUCUCAUAUGAACACUUCGUCAGGAGACGAAGGUGAUGAAGAAGAUGAGGAUCACUACGAAACAUUUGAUUCAGUUGUAAAAGCUUCUAUAAGUAAAGAAAAGCUCGAGAAAACCAACAGUAGAACGCCCUCUACUGGCAAAAAGUCGAAAACAAAAGGAUUCGGCUUCAAGGGACUUCUGGCAAACAUCUCGGAUAAUGCUCAUACAGCAUCACAAAACUUGAAGAGUAAAUCUCAGAACAUGAACAUCAAAUCUUUAACAGGUAACAACAACGCUGCCACACACCAGGAUUUACCGAAUAUGAAGUACGAGUCUGAGUUUGGGAAACGAACAGGAAGCCCCGCGGGCCCCAGGGACAUGCCCAGUCAUUGGAUCAAAAUAUAGGGGACAGUUUACACAUAGGGACACUGAAAUAUAGGGGACACUUUAUAGUGUAUAGGGACACUGAAAUAUAGGAGACACUUUACACUUAGGGACACUGAAAAGUGGUUUCGGUAUAUAUAAUCUGGACCUAUGAUUGUGUAAUUUUGAGAGGGUUUGAAAGGGCUGCUAGUAUUUGAUUUUUGAUUUUUUUUGGGUAAAUCUUUAGAUCCCCGUAUAAUUUUCAAUGACAUGCCCUAUAGUUGUGGGAUUUUCGAACAUUCUUUUUCCAACAUGUGAUUUUUUGGAAUGUCCCAAACUUAUUAACCCUUAAUUGUAAGUGGGUCGUUGCUUAUUGAUAUUUAUUUCUCCCAACUUAUUGCUUUAUGUUAUCAGUGAUUUCCUCUUCUCAGCCAUAAGAUGAUUUUCAAUUAAAAGUUUCCUUGAUUUUUGUUCGAUUCUUAGUUUUACUUUCACUAGGUUUAUUUUUACGUUUUUGAUCACACCGAGCCAUCUUUAAAUCGAUAUGGUAAAAACAGACAGAUUGUGAACCAAAAUAGUGCAUUUUCUAUAGCGAGAUGUUAUACCGUGAUUAUGUGUUCAAGUUUAAGUUGAAUCUUAAGUACGUAAUUAUUAACUAUUUUUAAUCACUUUUAAGUUUUUAUUAUUUUAAGUUUAAUUUGUUGUAUUAUAGUUAUCCGAGUAUGAGUGGUGUACAAUUUGGUGUAUAGAUUACUUGACUAUUACCGGCGAGAAAUUGCACUUUUGCCCUGACACGUGACAUUAACCCUGACACGUGACGAGCGUGUGUUCUCUCGCCGGCUGUAAUCUCGUUCUUGGUCUUAUGAUUGCGACGGUUUAUUUUGCAGGAAGCAAAACACGACUUUUUAUGAUUAUGUUUCUUUUGAUCUUCGUAAUUGAGUGAAGGAGACAAGUUGAGUUGCCGAUAAGUUUAUUUACAUUAUUGAAUUUAGCUACAAUUAUUGUGAAAUAAAACCUCUUCUAUAGUUAACAUAGAUCAGCGAAAAA